AUGUUACCUGUAGAACUAGAAAAACAGAUCGGAGCUUCAUUACCGAGUAAUGAAAAUACCCACACCAAUAGUGGUACUCGAUGGUCAGGACAGGCAACCAGAUAUAAAGAAAUUGGUGGACAUAAAUUUGACACAAUUAUAACUGGACAUUUAACACAAGAACAACUUGAUGCCUACCAACGAUACUUCCGUAUUGAAGAAAUUUCCCACUUCUUACGUCUGUCUCAUCAGCAACAUACACCAAUCACUGAUUUCCUUCCGUCUUAUAAAUUAGAUGCUAGAGUGAAAUAUAGAAGAGAUCCAUCCCCACCUCCAAAGUAUGACAAUGCGGGAAAUAGAACAAAUACCCGGGACCAAAGAAUAAAAGAUCUGCUUGAAAAGGAAAGACAUUCGUUAGUUGAGAUGGCUGCUAGUAGUAUUAAGAAUUACAUGCCACCUUCUGAUUAUCGAAAACCAGCAAAGACUUUUGAAAAAUUGUAUAUACCAAUUAAAGAUUAUCCUGAAAUCAAUUUUGUUGGGUUCUUGAUAGGACCAAGAGGUAGAACUUUGAAGCGAUUACAAGAUGAAAGUGGAGCAAGAUUGCAGAUUCGUGGAAAAGGGUCUGUAAAGGAAGGGAAGUCUACAUUAGCCAUUGAAGACAAAGCUUCACAUGGUGCUGAUACUACAGAGGAUGAGCUACACGUUUUGAUCACUUCGGACUCUCAGCAGAAGAUUGCAAAGGCUGUUAAGUUAGCCAAUGAGGUUAUAGAGAAAUUAAUCUUUUCACCAGAAGGGCAGAAUGAACUUAAAAGGGAACAAUUAAAAGAGCUUGCUGUUUUAAAUGGUACUUUAAGAGAAACAAAACCAUUUGAUCCUGAAGCUUAUCAAAGGAGACAAAGACAAACAAAUGAUAUAUCCCACAUUGUUUGUCGUAUAUGUGGUAACAUUGGACAUUUUGCAAGAGAUUGUAAACAAAAUACUGGAUUCGGAAGAAGAGAUGUCAGAACUCAAGGAGAUUCAUAUGAACCAAGAAGUUCUUACUCACAGUCAAGACCAGAAGAGAGUUUACCUCCAUGGAAAAAGCCUAGACCAGAACCACAAUUACCACCUUGGCAGACCGCAUCCCUGCAACCUUCAUAUCCUCCUCCGCCUUCUUCAAGUAUUCCUUCGUCUCAUUCACAACACGUGGAAUCAAAACAUCUUCCACCAAUACCGAGGUCGUCUAAUCAUGCUCCUCCUCCUCCACCUCCUCCUCCUGGGACUACUUCUCAUGCACCACCACCUCCACCACCGGGAUUGUCGAAGGCUAAACCUCCACCUCCUCCUCCUCCGGGUUUAAAAGUGCAUCCUCCUCCACCACCGCCACCUGCUUCCAGAGUACAUCCCCCUCCUCCUCCUGCUUCAAGUGUUCCUCCUCCUCCACCUCCAGCUUGA